GCGGGGCCGGGCGAGUCCACGCGGGCCGCCCCGCUGCGCCGCCUCUGCGGGCCCGCAACGCCGCCACCACUCUCCGGGCCGCGCUCGCUUCCCGCUGAUGUUCGCGAAAGGCCCCUCUCUGCGACCUCCGCCCCGGCCAGCGACUUCCCAGGGCUUCCCGCGAAGCGACAGCAUUGAGGACUCGGCGGACAGAAAAGUCUAGGAAGCACUUUAAGAUGGCACAGGGGACCAGGAGGCUGGGGACGGCGCAGCCCAGGGUACGCAGCUAAGACUGGAUGCCAUCUUUGCCCUGCCUGGGGUUCUACAAGAUUCUCUCAUGGCGAAUUCUUGAUGGAUUUUACUCUGAGUUCUUGGCAAUUCCUGGGCACGAGAAAUGGCUGUGCCCAGACUGGGGCUCGGAAGGCAGAAUUUUCUUCCAUUAAAGAGGAGGAGCGCAUUGCUGUUGAAACUCAUCGCUGUUGUCUUUGCUGUGCUCCUAUUUUGUGAAUUUUUAGUCUAUUACGUAGUGAUUUUUCAGUGUAACUGGCCUGAAGUGAAAACUCCAGCCUCUAGAGGUGACCAGGAGACUCCUGAACCUGUACUGAAAGCCAUGUUUUUGGCUGAUACCCACUUGCUUGGGAAAGUGAGAGGCCACUGGCUAGACAAGUUACGAAGGACAGUUGGGGCCAUCCAGGUAGUCUGGUGGUUAAGGUGGCUGGAUCCCACAUGGCUGAGUGCAUGGUUUGAGGCCUGGACCUGGCGGAUUGGGAAAUAUGCUAGGGAAUGGCAAAUGGAGAGAGCCUUCCAGACAGCUCUGUGGCUGUUGCAGCCGGAAGUCAUCUUCAUCCUGGGGGAUAUCUUUGAUGAAGGGAAGUGGAGCUCCUCCCAGGCCUGGGCGGAUGAUGUGCAACGGUUUCAGAAAAUGUUCAGACACCCCAGUAAUGUGCAGCUGAAGGUGGUUGUCGGCAAUCAUGACAUUGGCUUCCACUAUGAGAUGAACACAUAUAAAGUAAGGCGAUUCGAGAAAGUCUUCAACUCUGAAAGCUUGUUUUCUUGGAAAGGAAUUAACUUCGUGAUGGUCAACAGCGUCGCUCUGGAAGGGGACGGCUGCCACAUCUGCUCACAAGCAGAAGCUGAGCUCAUUGAAGUUUCUCACAAAUUGAAUUGCUCUCGACAGAAACACAGGACCCGCUGGUGUGAAGGGCAGCUGCUCCCCGCCUCUGCCCCAGUCCUCCUGCAGCAUUACCCACUAUAUCGGAGGAGUGAUGCUAACUGCUCUGGGGAAGAUGCGGCUCUGCCAGAGGAAAGGAACAUCCCGUUUAAGGAGAAAUAUGAUGUGCUCUCUCGGGAGGCUUCUCAAAAGCUGCUGUGGUGGCUCCGACCACGCCUGGUCCUGAGUGGACACACGCACAGUGCCUGUGAAGUGCUCCAUGGGGGAGGACUCCCGGAGGUCAGCAUCCCGUCUUUCAGUUGGAGGAACAGAAACAACCCCAGUUUCAUCAUGGGCAGCAUAACGGCCACCGACCAUGCCCUCUCCAAGUGCUACCUCCCACGGGAGAACAGGGUCCUGCUCACGUACUGCGGGGCAGCUGUGCUCCUGGUGGUCCUCGUACUAGCUCACUUUCAGCUCUUACCCUCCCUUUUUCUUCUUGGUUGGAACCUGCUCAGAAAGCGUAAGACAACGUGAAGAGCAGACGACUUUAGCCUUAAGUAAUAAAUAUCAAAGCCAAAGAAAGGAACUUUGGGCAGAGCUUCUCUUAGAGUCAAGGGGACAAUGUGACCAGGUACAGGCUGUCUCUGUGCUCAUCCUAGCAGUUCUCAAUCACCAAUGUGAGUUACAGCAGAAUAAAUAAUUGAUUACACUGUUCUCAUGCUAUAAAAGUGAAACACGUACUCUACAACAAAUCUGUUUUCUCAUUUUUAUCAAAUAUAUGUAUAGUCAAAGGUUGCAUCUGUACAGUAUGUAAAUGCCAUGAAUGCCAACCACCUGCAUGCACGACACAGUCCUUGCUGUCCCGGGAAGGAAGGGACAGCCCUGAAACACACCUGGGAUUACGUGUGCACACACGUGCACGUUGGCUUUGCUUCUGCCCUCCUUUGAGGUGGCUCUCAAAUUCCUAUUAUUGUAAAGCUGUACAUUUAAAAUAAAAGUACAGAUGCAAUGUACAGGAACAUAGUAUUUUCACAGACUUUUCUACUGCAGUGCUAACUUAAUGGAGUCAGAUUUUGUUUAUUAAAUGUGAUUUUGGUCUCUAUGAGACUGAGUUGUUACAUCUGAAUUUAAUGUGGGUCACUGAUGAAAGAAAACUUGAGAAAUGGAGUAUGAUUUAGCU